AUGGCCUUGGCCCUUUCGGCCAGUCGCACGGAAAGAGCCAUUUCAGUGGCACCUCCACCGGGCGAUAGUCUGGGUUCAAAGCAUACGUUACGGGCAACAGACAUGGCAUCUUGUAAGUUACGGUCGAUCUCAGACAAGAUAUCCUUAGAAGGACCACGUAACAGAAUAGUACAGGCACCAGGAUCCUCGCAUUCAGUCAAGAAUGUAAAGUACUCGUCACCAAUGAGCUCGAUAUUGAACAAGCCACACUGGGUACCGAUGUCCGAUUCACGGAUAUCUUCGACUCGGUUCACAAUAGUGGCACCAGUAGCUCUGGCAAUACGAUUAUUGUCACCCUUACGGACUCUUCGUAGGGCAGAGAUAUUGGCCUUUAACAGAUAA